AUGGCUCAAAUCAUUUAUGAUGCAUUAGGAAAGAGCUGGGCUGUUGCAUUUAUGUCUUUAAUUGCCUUUGCACAAUAUCUCAUGGGUGCUUCUAUUUUAAUAGCUGCAUCGAGACAAGUAUGGGCUUUUGCAAGGGACGAUGGAUUGCCAUUUUUCCAUAACAUUGUUAAGGUUAUAAAUCCAAGAAUAAAAGUUCCGGUCAGGGCUACUAUUUUCAGUGGAUGCUUAUCAUUGAUUUUAGGUUUACUUAUUUUAAUUGAUACCACGGCUGCAAAUGCGCUUUUCUCUUUAGCUGUUGCUGGUAAUUAUUUAGCUUGGGGAAUGCCUGUUUUAUUGGUGUUAUUACCAGUAGGUCGCUCGAGAUUUAAGCCAGGUCCAUUCUAUUUGGGUUCUUUUUGGACCGAGAUAAUCCACAUUACGACUGUUGUUUGGGUUGUAUACGUUAUAAUAAUGUGCAUGUUCCCAGAUAAUAUGUCAGUUUCAAGUUCAACAAUGAAUUAUACUUGUGUUAUUAAUGUUGGAAAUUGGCUUCUUUCUCUAGUAUAUUAUUUUGUUCACGGCUAUAAGAAGUUCUCGGGACCCAAAUCAAAUCUUGAUGAAGAUGAAAAUUCAUUCGCUGAAGUUUCAGUAAUUCAAAACAUGGAUGAAGUUCUUAAUAAAAAAGCUUGA